UUGGUAGCGACAGACCGCGGAGGCGAACGUAGAGCUCCUUUUGUCGGCGGAAUUCGUGUACGGAUUCGAUCGAAAUCGGAUAUAUUAGUAGUGCAGGUGUGCAGAAAGUUGCGAAUAUUGUCUGUCUGUCCGUGUUUGGUUUUAGGGGCUUCCGGUGGCGAAGCCGAACUGGGUGGCAAUUUGGUGGCGGGUUAAAAGUUCGACUUUUUUCUGCACUCGAUUCGGCAUCAGAUGGUUUAAAUUUAAAGCUGGCUGAUCGCCACACGGUAACAGGAUACGAGCUGUACGCGACGCUCCCUAGCACUCAAAAGGGCGACCAACUGUGCAGCAGAGUGGCAGAGCUAAGGAAUUUCUAAUCGACUGCGAUGAUAGAGUUGAGAAACAGCAUACUGGUGGAAAUUAAACUUCCAUAAAGGCGGAAAGUAUUUCGAAUGGAAUUUUACUCCCAACAAGUUCGGGCUUGGUGAAUGUAUGGAGUAACGUUGUUGUGCGUUUAAUGUUUGUUGCUGCCCGCAGGAUGUUCGUGCUCAAGUAGAUAUUCCGCUGAGCUAUUAUUUUUCGUGAAACGGUGAAUUUUUAAUCCUAUCCUACCAGCUGGUUAGUGUGUGCAAUAUAUCAGAUCAUACGUGUAUUCAAAUUACAGUAACACAGUGAAUAUAUUAGUAUGUUAUAGUGAGUUACAUUUUAUCGCAUAUUCAGUGUGUAUACCUAUUAAUCCUUAUCAUCAUAUUAUCGUAAUACAUAAUCAUAACCAUUCCCAGUAUCAUUGUGUAUCGUUAAGUGAGUGUGCUAAGAUUAAAUUUCUUGGAUAAAUCUAUUAACGCUGUGAAAAGUGAAAGGUGAAAUCCCAUCCUGAAUUCAUCCGAUGGAAUUUGUGUGAAUUUCUAUUUGCCGCAGAAAAAAUGCCAUGUCCUUGGGGAAAUUCGUUAGCAGCCAGUGAAAUGGAAGAAAGUUAAAUGUACCGUUCUUUUGAAGUUUGUUACGAACACCCAUCUGCUGCGGAAGCACCGACCGAGGUAACAGCUUCGGCGGCAGUCGUCUAAAUUUAAACGGGACAAACUCAUUAAUCAUCUAGGCAGUGGAAGAGGCCCAGCAGCAGCGAGCCUUCGGAGACAGUGAAAACAGACACGGUGAGAACGACGACGGCACCAGCGACGGCACCAUGUCUGACCCACAGCAGCCACCGAUAACGACUCCGCCCCGGCGGUGCAACGAACAUCCAGCUCUGGCCGCAGCCGUCCUGCUCGGAUCCGAGUCCUGUAAAAAUUCGCCCAACGUGCCCCGCCGGUUGGAAGGUCACCUGCAGCUUCAUCACCACAGCCUAUUAGAAGGUGGCAGCCAGAGUGCACAAAGCUCUCCACUGCCGAACCGGCGGCUAGACAAAUUGCAGGGUGUAAUACGAGACAAAAGUUCGCCCCUGUGCGGUCGCCGAGGGGUCCAUCAGGAGGAGAUCGAUUUUACCGAUUCUCCCAUCGUAUCGAGAAGGUUUAAUCAAGUGCAGGACUGCGUUUGUGCUGAAAAGCUACGUGCAACUGAAAGUUUCACCAUUCCAUGCGUGCAUCGAAUAGAGAGCGAAUUUCCCAGAAAUUCGACCCCACCGACGAUGGGCAUGCGGAAGCGGGUCGAGUCGGACUGCAGCUGUAUGCGAAAAAACAUCAUCCGAAAUCAGUUCGGUACCAGUUUGCUGAAGGGGGAGACAAGUGGGGCCAGCUCCUGCGAAAGUACGCCUCUACUGCGACGGAAGGAACCAUUUUCACCUGGAUCACCUGCCAAAGGGGUCCUAGGGGAACCGGGGAUUUUCAGUUCACCGAUGCACAGCAGCAAGCUGCCGUUGGAUCACACAAAUUACGGUGGUUUUGUAAGUCCGGCUAAAAGUGCACUGGGGGAACCGGGAGUCUUUAGUUCGCCGGCACGAAGUGUUUGCAGCGCAACGGGCGAAGAAAUCGGUGACGGUGGUGAGAUGCUGCUAGCCAACGAUCAGACUAUCGUGUCGGGAUGGCUCAAGUUCCGGGAUAACAAGAAGUGGAAAAUCCGAUGGGGAGUGGUUACCAAGUUAUCACCAGCAGCAGCAACGUUUAAGUUAUAG